AUGACUCUCAAAUGGCUCAAAGACAGUUCCCAGGGUGCAUCAGCUCAAGAUGAGACCGACUCAGGUGUAAGCCCUGCAGCGGUGCACGAGCCUAUCCAGUCAGACAUGAAAAAGAUGGAGAGGAAUGCUUUGCCUCCUUUCUCCUCGAAGUGUCCUGUGACUGAUGAAAUUCCAAGACUCGAUCAAACUUGA